CUAGCGUCUCUCUCUCUCUCAGUCUCUCAGAUACACACGCACAAAUAUUUCUAGGGUUUCGGUCUCCGUUCCCAUCCAAAUCCUUCUUCCGAUCUCGAUGAAGGCCCCAUUGCCACCGAGGAGCGGAAGGGCGCCGCCCUCCGAAACCCUAACCCCUUCGAAGCAGCGACCACCGCGGGUUCCCAAGGAGAACGUGGAUCCCAACUCUAUGCCACAGGAAUCCUCUCCCUUCCGAUCACCCGCAGCCUCUGCGAAGCCCCUCGCAGCCAGGAGCCGGAGCCCUCUCCCACCGAGGCCACCGUCGUCGCCCGCUUCGAACCCUAGCGGCAACUCUCUCAAGAGGAAGCUGAAUUUGGACACCCUACCCGAGAAUGGAGCUCCGGUGAUGGUGCCUUCGGACUCCGGCGUCCAAGUGAUAGUUCGCAUGCGGCCUCCUAACGAGGAAGAGGAAGAGGGUGAUCGGAUCGUACAGAAGAUUUCUUCCGAUUCUAUUUCUAUCCUGGACCAUGUCUUCACCUUUGAUUCCGUUGCGGAUACCACAGCCACUCAGCAAGAUAUUUUCCAUCUUGUGGGGUUUCCAUUGGUGGAGAACUGCUUAGCUGGGUUCAACAGUUCCAUAUUUGCAUAUGGGCAGACUGGCAGUGGAAAGACAUAUACAAUGUGGGGACCUCCAAGUGCCUUGUCAGAUGAUGGCUCACUGGAUGAUCAGCGGGGAUUAACUCCCCGUGUCUUUGAGCGUCUCUUUUUGCGAAUAAAAGAAGAGCAAGCUAAGCAUUCUGAGAAGCAGCUGGUUUAUCAAUGCCGUUGCUCUUUUUUGGAGAUCUAUAAUGAGCAAAUUACAGACUUGUUGGAUCCAAGUCAAAAGCAUCUUCAGAUUAGAGAAGAUGUUCGAACCGGUGUUUAUGUUGAGCAUCUGACAGAGGAGUAUGUCUUUACGGUAAAGGAUGUAAUUCAACUGUUGAUAAAGGGUUUGGCAAAUCGGAGAACAGGUGCUACCAGUAUAAAUGUAGAGAGUUCCCGCUCACAUUGUGUUUUUACAUGUGUUGUCGAAUCCCGGUCCAAGGUAACAUCUUAUUGUUGGGCUGUGACUAGAACCUCAGCUAAAAGCAUGGCUGAUGGAUCAAGCAGCUUGAGGACAAGUAGAAUCAACCUUGUCGAUUUAGCAGGAUCAGAAAGACAAAAGCUGACAGGUGCAGCAGGGGAUCGCUUGAAGGAAGCUGGGAAUAUUAAUCGUUCCCUUUCACAACUUGGGAAUUUGAUUAACAUUCUUGCAGAAGUUUCUCAGUCUGGAAAACAGAGGCACAUUCCAUAUCGAGACUCCAAACUGUCAUUUCUACUUCAAGAAUCUCUUGGUGGCAAUGCAAAGUUGGCAAUGAUAUGUGCUAUAUCACCAUCACACAGCUGUAAGAGUGAAACAUUCAGCACCUUGAGAUUUGCACAGAGAGCAAAAUCCAUAAAAAACAAGGCAGUUAUAAAUGAAACAACUCAAGAUGAUGUUAAUGCUCUACGGGAGCAAAUUCGUCAACUAAAGGAUGAACUGCUUCGUAUGAAGUCUAAUGGUACCUGUGCAGAAAGCAACGGCGGUUAUUCAAAUGGAUGGAAUGCUCGCAGAAGCUUAAGCCUUUUAAGGUUGAGCCUUAAGUGUCCUACAGCAUUACCAAUUAUUGAAGGCGAUAGUGAUGAGGAGAUGGAAAUUGAUGAGGAUGAUGUUGAGAAAGUCUGCAUUCAGGCAUAUACACUUCCGUCUUCCUGUGAAGAAAACAGAAGUGAUUUGCAGAGGUCAUAUAAUCAGUUAGAGCAUUUGAAGAAAGUGAAAUCUCAUAAUGAUAAUGAGAUGGAUCAAGAACAUAUUUCCUUAAAGGAUUUACCUGUGCCAGACUAUGGAAGUGACCAAGUCAGUAAUUUGAUUGAUAUCAAAGUGGAAGGCUGUGAACUAGAUAAAAAUGUGGCAGAAGAAGUGGCAGGCUGUGAUUUAGAGAAAACAACAAAUGGACCAGUCUUUUCCAAGUCUUACACGCAAGAGCAUUGCUAUACAGAUAAUGUUGAUACAAUAAGUGAACUCAGGGAUAACAAGGCAUUGGAUGAUGGUUCUUUAGUAGACAAGACUUGUGAAAUGGUCUUGGACUUGCCAGAUAAUAGUAUUCCUAGAGAAGGCGAGCCACUAAAAGAAAUGAGUUCUGCAUGCCAAGAUAUAGCAGCAGGUGAAGAUUCCACAGUUGUCUCCCUUGCAGACUCGACUAAUAGUUCUUCCAGUUCUCCAGACUCUAUAAUGUUGUCCAGCCUUAGUGUUGUGCCUUGCCAGACAUCCCCAGUUCUUCAGCCACCUGCAUUUAGCAUCUCAGCCAGGACUGAGAACUACAGCAGAAAAAGUCUCAGAACAUCAUCAUCAGUGUCAGCAUCUGAGAAAAGUUUAUCGUUAUAUACGAAGUCUGAUUCUGGAUUGGACUUAUCAUUUGCAGAUGGUUUGAACAACCCUCCAAAUGCUUGUCUUAUUUGGCCAACUCAUAGUUCCCCAAAAUCAACUAAACGCCUGGCAGUCAGUCUCUGUCGUGGUCUUCAAAUGUUUGAUAGCCAUCAUGGUGGUUCAUCUCUAAGACAGUCAUUGUUUAGGUUUUCAAAACAACCUGUUGAUUUCAAGCGAUUACUUCCAAUUAUCAAGGUUAAUAUCGGUACACAAACACUCCCUCAAGAAUCAGACAUAUCAGAAGAUUCACUUAUAUAUAUAUGUAGUUAUUGCAAGAAUAAAGCUCCUCUUGAACAUGAUGAUGUCAAUGAGGGCAUGAAUUUGCAGUUAAUACCUACUGAUGGAUCAAAGACUGCUGGCAAAUGCAUUAAACAAGUUCCAAAAGUUGUGGAGAAGGUCUUGACUGGUGCCAUCAGGAGGGAAAUGGCACUUGAAGAUCUCUGUGCAAAGCAAGCUGUGGAAAUUGUCCAGUUAAAUCGAUUGGUCGAGCAAUACAAACAUGAGCGAGAAUGCAAUGCUGUAAUUGAGCAGACGCGUGAAGAUAAAAUUUCUCGCUUAGAAGGCCUUAUGGAUGGAAUUUUACCCGUGGAAGACUUUAUGGAGGAGGAGUUCAUCUCACUUAUGAAUGAGCACAAGCUUCUCAAACAGAAAUAUGAGAACAAUCCUGAAGUUUUGCGAGUGAAUAUCGAGCUAAAAAGAGUUCUGGGAGAGCUAGAUGGCUAUAGGAACUUCUUUGAUCUGGGUGAGAGAGAUGUAUUAAUGGAAGAAAUUCAGGACUUGAGGAACCAGUUGCAAUAUUAUACGGACUCCUCUUCCUCAUCAAAUCAGAAUCGAAGUCCUCUACCAAAGUUGACCUAUGCAAGUGAGCCCAUUUCAGCUUUCCAUUGUACAAAAACAGACUUAACUAAAGAAAGUGCAGAUGAAAAAUUCGAACAGGAGAGGCGUCACUGGACUGAAACAGAGAGUAAAUGGAUUUCUAUUUCAGAAGAGCUUAGACUUGACCUUGAAGCAAGUCGGUCGCUUGCUGAAAAGCUGAAGCAUGAACUUGACUCUGAGAGGAAGUGCACACAGGAGCUUAAGGAGGCACUGCAGACAGCAAUGCAGGGGCAUGCCCGAAUUCUAGAACAGUAUGCAGAUCUUCAAGAGAAGCACAUGGCCCUGCUUGGGAGGCACCGAAAGAUCAGUGAUGGGAUUGCAGAUGUAAAGAGAGCAGCAGCAAAAGCAGGAGUAAAAGGUGCUGAAUCUAAAUUUAUCAACUCCCUUGCUGCUGAAAUUUCAGCUUUAAAAGUGGGGAGAGAAAAAGAGAGGCAAUACUGGAGGGAUGAAAAUAAAGGGCUACAAGCUCAGCUAAGGGAUACUGCUGAAGCUGUACAGGCUGCUGGAGAACUUCUUGUUCGGCUGAAGGAAGCAGAAGAAGCUGCAGCUAUUGCUCAGAAACGAGCUUUUGUGGCAGAGGAAGAGACCAAGAAGGCCUAUGAAGAGAUUCAUAACUUGAAGAAAAAUCAUGAGAGGGAGAUAUGUACACUGAACCAGUUUCUUUCUGAAUCGCGCUUGCCAAAAGAAGCUUUGAGAUCGGCAUUUGCCGGUGCUGAUGUGGCAAAAUAUGAUGGUGGGGAGAGUCUCAGUGAUCAAAGGUGGAAGGAGGAAUUCGAACCUUUUCUCCAAGACAGAGAUAAUGACUUUUCAAGGGGAAAUGAGCCCACUUACACAUGGCAUUCUGGCUAUGACCGAUGCAACAUCUAAAAUGGUCAAGCAAGUCUCAGCUAUAUAUGUAUGUAUCCCUGGAAAUUUUGUUGUACACCUUAAGAAAUGAUAGUAUCUGUCAUGGAUCAGUAUACACCAGCAACGAGUCUCACAAUUUGUGAGAACUCUUGGUGAUUUUCAUCAACAUUUCCUCCCAUUAAAUUCAUCCCCUGUGUAAUUGCUUAUAUUUCAAUGUAGUCAUGAAUUUUGCUUCUUUCA